CCACGGGGUGGGCGGAGCCAGCGUACUGCUGCAGCUGUCCAUGAUUGUGUAGUGUGGGAGCCAGUGAGAGUUUGGGUACGUGAGAGAUGCAGCCAUAGUCACGCUACGCCGUCUGACUAGAUACAACCUGCUGGGAUCGUUAUUGCCGCAGCGCAUCACAGCCGACCGAAAGGUGAGCCACGGAGCCUGUGGACGUGAGGCAUCAUGGCAGAGCAUCAGAGGCAACGCUCUCUGUCCACCGCCGGCGAGUCCCUCUACCUUGUGCUGGGAGUGGAGAAGGUGGCCACGCCAGAUGAUAUCAAGAGAUCUUACAGGAAACUGGCGUUGAAGUUCCACCCGGACAAGAACCCGGACAACCCAGAGGCCGCCGAUAAGUUCAAGGAGAUAAACAGCGCUCACGCCAUUCUCAACGACCCCACAAAGCGUAAUAUUUAUGACAAGUAUGGUUCUCUGGGGUUGUAUGUGGCCGAGCAGUUUGGAGAGGAGAAUGUCAACACGUACUUUGUCCUUUCAAGCUGGUGGGCAAAGGCUCUGUUCGUGUUCUGCGGUCUGGCCACUGGCUGCUACUUCUGCUGCUGCCUAUGCUGCUGCUGUAACUGCUGCUGUGGCAAAUGUAAACCACGACCCCGGGAGGGCCAGGAACAGGAAUUUUACGUGUCCCCCGAGGACCUCGAGGCUCAGCUGCAGUCCGACGAGAGAGCAGAGGCUGGGGGUGACCCCAUCAUGCUGCAACCAUCGGCGACAGAGACAACCCAGUUAACAUCGGAUGGGCACCACUCCUAUCACACCGACACCGGCUUCAACUAAACCCCCCCCCCGCCCCCCCGUCAAUCCUGGCCUGCGGUCCUGCCUGCUUCCCCGCUCCACCUCCGUGAGACGCAAGAACGGGCCAAUCCAUCGCUCCGCUUCAGAGAGGGUGGCGUGCGGAGGAGAGGGACUAGUAAGCAUGGCCCACAAAAGGAACUUAUGACGUCGCAUUCCUUCCUUCCCCCCCGAUUGGUCCACAACUUAUUCCCCCCCCACCCCCACCUUCCCCCGGUACAAGACGAAAAGAGAAACAACCUAUGUCUCGUUUUUAUCUCUUCUUUUGUAUUUCUCGGCCUUUAACCGCACAGGUUGCCCCCCCCCCCCCACUUUGCAUCAUGGUGUAGCAUGCACUGUUUAUAAAACAUGGUCUCCAGAUUUUCUUUAGUCUUCUGCAACAUUUUUACUUUGCUCCAAAGACUCAAUUGGUGCAUACGUAUGUGGAAUAUAUUCAAAUGGGCACAGUUCUCGCGAAAGGGGGGGGGGUGAAGUUUGCGUGUUAUUUAAUGCUGAAGGAGAGAUCCGCGGCUCAGAGAGAUGCGCUUGUGUGCCGAGGUGAUCGAUGUCAUUGUUCAACCCUCAAGAACAGAGUUGUCCUUUUUAGUGCAAUUUUCCUCAUCCGAUGGGCGAUGAGAGCUAUAGAUGAGCGCCUGCCGUGGUCGGACCUGCAGCACGUCUUUGGCCCCAUGUUGGUUUGUCUGUGGUGGGCUCCCAUGAGAGUUUAAUCACUCACGAGGUUGUUAAGGCACAGAGCUUUAUUUGCAGACAUUUGUUUCAUAAAUGCCUGCUGGCGUAACAUUCUCGUUAUUAAUUAGUAUUGGCUUUCCGUUCCUCUGCCUCAGCUUUAUUUCAGCUUCCCUUUGCAGGAUAGCGACUACUUUCCUGCAGCACGGAACAGGUCGUCAUGACCGUUAAUGUCAAGGUAAUUUUAAUCUUGGUUAUGUCAGUUUUCAAGGCCGGGUGGAUUCGUUGUAGUGCGUUGAUCUAUUCUCACUCGAACCUAGCGAGCCAUUUUUUAUUUUUUGCUUUUUUUUUGUGAAGUCAGCAGUUACGUCUGAUAGAUGGAAAACAAUUGACAUUGGAUUCAGAAAGUCUCAAACAAAAAAAUUGGUUAAUUGAUAUUUCAAUUAUUUAUUUUUCUUCAGUGGAGUCAAUGUUAUCUUACAUUUGUCCAUAGUUAAGGAUAAACAUUAAGAUUACUCUGAUAAUAUGAUGCUCCUGUUUUCUUUCUUUCUUUCUUUCUUUAUAACAAAGCGUAAUAAAUUCAGGGACGUCACAACUAAUUGAGACUGAAAGAUAUUAAUUUAAUCUGUAUAUUCCAGUUAUUUCUGGUUGCUUAUUGAUAUUGCGCUCAACUCGACCCUGAUGAGAGCCGUCAAUAUGAAGAAGUAACCGAUGUCUAUCAGCAGCUUGUUCAGAGGGAGACAUGUUUUCAACUGAGCUGUCUUGAAUAUGUGAAGUAGUUUACGUGCUGUGGAAAAAGCAAACAUGUUGACCUCUUUUUAGCUGGGUAAUAAAGCUGACCACAGAACAUCGACAAGGGGAACAUUUAAGGUAGUGAAGAAUAUGAUUAACUUCAUGUUGUUAGUCCUUGUGUUUUGAACUGAAGUUUGAUGACAUAUUGUCCUAUGCUGUAAUAGUUUAUCAUUGUUUUUUUUAAUUCCAUGUAGAAUAAGAAGCUCGGCAUAUCAUCUGUGAGCUCUCUGCCACAGGCAGCUCCACGCAAAAUUACACUAGAUUUUUCAUACUACUGAAUUUGCAUAAAUUGUCACAGUUUUGCAAAUGGCCAUAAAUUGCCAUGAACGUCUUUGCCACACAUGUCAGUUUCAUAAAUGCUAAUACUGCGUUUCAAUGGUUUACAUUAGGUGAGCUCCUGUUGCCCGCCCUCUGCUAUUAACGGUAUGGAUGUUGACCUCUGUGGCCCUUGUAUGAUGUUUCCUGUAACCCUUGAUGAAACAUAGAUGUUCCUGUCAUGGCUUUUUCAUAGAGCUACUGAAAGAUGCUACUGUCAAUGUUCUAAGUUGAAUGCACUGUGUGUUUGAAGAAGAAAAAAUAUAUAUAUAUAAUUGAUCAAUGAUCAGGAAAUCACUCCUCAAAAAUAAAUAGUAUGUAUAGUGUAACUAUAGUGAAAUGGUUAUAUGAUGCAUUUUUGGAUUUUUAUUUAUUUCAUACUUUAUGAUGGCUAUAAUUUUAACUGGUAUGGUGUUGUAAUGUGACCAUUCAAUUUAGCAAGGAAUGGUUUAAUGGUUAAGAACGUUUGUACGAACACUUCGCCCAUAUAAAGUAUAAACCUUAACGUUUAUGUUGUAGCAUGGUAACUGUGUGUCUGGAAGAAAACAAGUGGUCAUUGAUCUGAUUUGCUGUCGUUGAAUAAAUGUUCCUGAAAACUUUC